GAAGAGGCGGCCUGUGGUGGGUUCACAGCUGGCUGGCUCCACUCCACAGUCCUCGGUUUAGUCCCUGAAAGCCUCCAAGCAUGGUCAAGUAAAGACCAUUACCAAAAAAAAAAAAAAAACUAGACCUCCAGGACAGGCAUCAUGAGAGACCUGAUCGCCCUUUUGACUUUUCUCGCCUUCACCUCUGCGGCCGCAAAACCCAACGCUGGUUUGAAAACGUGGAGUCGCUUCAGUAAGCUGCCCUAUCCAGGAGACAAGGCUUUCCUCUACGAUACCUUCCCCGAGGACUUCAUAUGGGCGGUGGGCACAGCUGCGUACCAGGUGGAGGGCGCGUUUGAGAAGGACGGCAAAGGCCUCUCCAUUUGGGACACUUUUACGCGCGGCGGGAACCGGAUGGCCACCGGAGAUGUGGGCAGCGACAGCUACCACAACAUCCACGCCGACAUCCGAGCCAUCGGGCAACUCGGGGUGAGUCACUACCGGUUCUCCCUGUCCUGGUCCAGGAUAUUUCCCAACGGCACACGCGGCAGUUACAACAAAAUCGGCACCAACUACUACCGGACGCUCAUCAAGCGGCUGAAGGAGAUCCGGGUGCAGCCGGUGGUGACGCUGUACCACUGGGACCUGCCCGACCACCUGCAGCAGAGCCUCGGCGGCUGGAGCAACCCGGAGCUGGUGGGGAUCUUCAAGGACUACGCGGAUUUCUGUUUCCACACUUUCGGGGACGAUGUUAAGUACUGGAUCACCAUCGAUAACCCGUUUGUGGUGGCGCGCCACGGAUAUGGCACCGGAGUGGUCGCUCCCGGGAUAAAGAACGACCCUGACCUGCCGUUCCGGGUUGGACACAAUCUGCUCAAGGCUCAUGCAGCAGCGUGGCAUCUCUACGACCGCCACUACCGUCCCCGACAGCAUGGGAAACUGUCCAUGGCUCUGGCCUCUCACUGGAUCAAGCCCAGUCGCACCCGGCUGGAGAGCCUGCGAGAGUGCCAGUGCUCCCUGGACCACGUCCUGGGCUGGUUCGCCCGGCCGCUGUUCACAGACGGAGAUUACCCCCCCUGCAUGAAGGCCAGGCUGGGCUCCCGGCUGCCGUCCUUCACCCAGGAGGAGAGGGAGCAGGUGAGGGGAACCGCUGACUUCUUCGCCCUCUCUCACGGAGCGGCCCUCAGCUUCCAGCUCAUCAACGACAGCCUGAAGUUCGGGCAGCAGGAGGACCUGGACCUGAGGAUGCUGCUCUACUGGGUCAACGCAGAGUAUGACAGGCCGCCCAUCUUUGUGGUGCAGAGCGGUUGGUAUGUCCUCGGCAACACCAAGACAGAAGACCCAAAACACAUGUACUACCUCAAGACGUUCAUCGCAGAGGCACUGAAAUCAAUCGUCAUAGAUGGAGUGAACGUGAUCGGAUACACAGCCUGGUCUCUGAUAGACGGCUUUGAGUGGCACAGAGAAUAUGGCAUCCGACGGGGACUUUACUACGUGGACUUCAACACUCCUGACAUGAAGAGGGAGCCGAAGACAUCUGCCACAUUUUACAGAAAUGUCAUCCAGAGAAAUGGUUUCCCAGAACUUCCAGAGAACAGACCAGCACAGGGAGUCUUCCCCUGUGAUUUUGCAUGGGGGGUGUCAGCCAACUCGAUACAGGUGGAGUCCACACCCAGCCAGUUUGCAGACCCCAGUGUUUACCGCUGGAACGUCAACAACGGGGAGCUGAUGAGGCUGGAGGGCUUCAGUUCACCUCCAUUACACCGAAACACACACUGUGCUGAUUACGCCACCGUCCGACAACAGGUGGAUGAAAUCAGACAGAUGGGGGUAAACCACUUCCACUUCUCCCUCAACUGGUCGGCUCUGGUGCCGAGCGGCGACGUGGCUCGUCCCAACGCCGCUCUGCUGGGUUACUACCGCUGCUUUACCCGCCAGCUGCUGCAGGCCAGCGUCACUCCUGUGGUCACUCUGUGGCAUCACACACGGCAGCGCAGCAGCCUGCCGGCCCCGCUGGACACCGCCAACAAAUGGCUGAACAGGGAGACUCCUGAGGCCUUUGCAGACUAUGCCAGACUUUGCUACAGAGAGCUGGGGGCCCAUGUGAAGAUCUGGAUCACCCUGAAUGAGCCCAAUGAUGAGAUGGUGAGCUACCAGGAGGGCCAUCAGAUGCUGAGAGCUCACGCUCUGGCCUGGCACGCAUAUGACCGCGAGUUUAGACAUUUACAGGGAGGACAGGUGUCUCUGGCUCUGCACAUGGACUGGGUGGAGCCAGCGUUUUCUUUCAGCCGAGAAGACGUGGAGCCGGCUAAAAGGGUUUUAGACUUCUUCGUUGGCUGGUUCGCGGAGCCCGUCUUCGGCAGUGGGGAUUAUCCUCUGGGGAUGAGGAGCUGGCUGCGUCAGCUCAACUCACUUGACCUGCCAGUUUUCAAUGAGGAGGACAGACGGUUAGUUAAGGGGACAUAUGACUUCUUUGCCAUUAGCCACUUCAGCACCAAACUGGUGACUCAUGCCAAGGAAGACUCAUACACCUACACAGCAGUGCUCGAGGUCCAACAUAUGAUCGACACCACUUGGAUCAUGUCCUCGAUGCCUGUCGUGCCCUGGGGCCUGAGGAAAGCCCUCAACUGGGUGAAGGAACACUACUCUGAUGUGCCGGUGUAUGUGAUGGCUAACGGGGUGCAGGAGGAUCCAGCCCGCUUCAAAGACAGCCUGAGAGUUUACUACCUGUACAACUACAUUAAUGAAGCACUGAAAGCGUACACUCUGGACGGGGUGAACCUGAAGGGCUACUUUGCCUACGCGCUGAGCGACCAAAGGGACCCUGGGUUUGGCUUGUACGGCCAAGUCCACGAAGAAGUCAUCGUCAAGGCCUCACUCUCCAACUAUCGCAACAUCAUCCAGCACAAUGGCUUCCCCGUUCAGGGAGCCGAACCCCAGCAGUGUCCCAGUUUGCCUCAGCCCUGCCUGGGCUGCCACGUUCUCACCAAGAGGCCUGUGGUGGGCUUCUUGACUCUGGUAGGUUCAGGGGUGCUCAUCACCCUGGGCCUCAUUAUUUAUUAUUCAUCCAGGAGACACAAGGAGUGUUACUGAUGGUCCGAUUUCCUUUGUGUCUUUUUAUGAGUGACUCUUAAAAGAAGCCGUGCAGAGUUCCUGUGAAGUUUUAACUAAUAAUUUAUGUUAAAUAUGGUCUGAAUAAGGAAGUGGUCCGAUCAGCCUCACAUUUUAGUUGUAGCUAAAUGUCACAAAAAGUUGGUGUAAAUGUGCUACAAAUCAUGUGUUUUAGAAUAUUGUAAGGAUACUGCUUUGGAGUAACAACUACCAGUUGCCAUUUCUUCCACUGAGGCACUUACGCAAAUGGUAAACAUAAAAUAAGUUGUAGCAUGAGGGAUUAUAUAGUAGCUGAACUUCAAUCACAAAUGAAGCUGCACAGACAUUUACAGUUUGCUGAACGGGACUGGAUCGAGAGGCCUGACACCCAGUUUCACCAAAUUAAUUCCACCUUUACGUCACAUAAACAUUUGCCAUAAUGAGGCUUAAGACUGAACUAUCAAUUCCUUAGACAUGUUGGGAAUUAUUCUAGACACAUAACGAAAGAUGGACAAUAUAAAUGUUUUUUCUUUAUAAUAAUCUUCUCACCAUUUUUUGUAGUUUUGUGUCUGCAGAGAAUACUUGGUCAUCUGUCCUUAGUGCCUAACUGAACUCAAAAUUAGAUGCUUGCAAAAUGUGUUAGUUUGCUGCAUUACAUCCACAAUAUAACCUC